UUUUUAUUUAUUUUUUAUUAAAUUAAACAAAUUUUUCUUCACCAUUCGAUUAACUCAACGUGUGUUUCUCACUUACUCUUCCAUUAUUCCCCCCUUCCACAUUCCCCCCCUUCCCCUCCACCAAAAAGCACAUCUCCAUUAUUCACCGCGUUCUAUCCCGUUUUUUCUAGUAAUUUACUAUUUGUUUCAGCCGCGGUAAAAAAAUAGAAAAAAAUUCCCCCCUUCAUGUAAAAAACCCAAUUUAAUUUUUGUUAGAUGGCUGGCCAUAAAAACCAUCUCUCUCCUCUCUUUAUUCACUUUUCUAAUUCCGCAUCCAAAUCCACUUCCCUCACGUAGCUCAUUAAAAUUCCUCUUUUAUCUACCUAAAAAAGGUUUUAUGGUAUUACAUUGUUAACAGAAAAAUGGCUGAGUUUAGUUUUUAUUUUUAGUGGGAUAAGAACUUGUACACUAACCUGUUCUUUUUAAUAUUUCUGCAUUGUAUGUAUUACAAUAGAUAUCCGCACCCCUAUUUUUCUUAAAUCCGUAUGCCGUAAAUUCUCCAAAGCAUCAUCUAGCUCAUUUUACCAUUGACAAAUUUUCCUUCACCAUUUGAUUAACUCAACGUGUGUUUCUCACGUUGAGUUCCAUUCAGCGCUUUUCCGGUUUCAAACAGAUCUCUGGCGUUUUCAAUUUUUGAUGGCUCCUGUAACCAGGGAGCAUCCAACUUUGUAUCUUUAUAGGCGUCAAAUCUCUUCAAAAUUUUGCGCACAAGAAAUGUUGUUGACCCUCAUGUGUGGUAUAUUCCUUUCCCUUCAUUUCCCCUCAACAACAUUUUUGGGCGAAGGGCCAAAAACACCCCCGCCCCUCCCUUAUACCUAUUUACUUUUACUAUUCACCCAUUCAUCCAUCGUCAACAACAACAACAAAAACCCUCACAAAAACCAAUCAAUCAACUACCCUCAUAUGCCAUGCCAUCCCUAUUUUUCCUCUUCUCCCCUUCAAAAAACUCUUCCACUCUCCCUAUUUUAUUUGGUCUAUAUUUGACUUUUUCAUCAUUUUCCAUUCUUUCCCCUUUUUAUAAUCCCACUUUAUAUUCCCUAUGGGAAAAGAGACGACUUUUUGCUCUGAUGUCCCCAAAUAGCUCAAAAAUCCAUAAAAUAGUCACAAUCGAAAAUGAAACUUAUUAAUUUUGUCUUAAUUAAAUUUUAAAGUUUUUUUAAAUUAUUAAGUUUUUAUAUUGUUUUGUUGAUCAUUUAUUGAAAGGAAAAAUCGGAACCGGAACUUUAAAAGCUAAAAAUCUUCUAGCUCAUUUUAGAAGACUCAUUUUAGAAAAUCUUUAGCUCCUGGAAUUGGUAUACUCCAUGGAUACUACCAAAAUUAAAAAUAAAUUCUUAAUCUCGAGAAUCGUGAAUUUCUUAUGGAAAUUUAAUUCUCGAUUUUGAGAAUUUGGGAAUUCCGAAUUCCCUAUUUUCGGGAAUAGAGUAAGCUUACUUAAUAUGUAUA